AUGGCCGAGCCCCAGAAGAAACCUGAUGACGCGACGCCCGCUCAGCGCGUCGAAGAAAUUCCCGAUCCCGACGAGGACGACCUGGACGACCUAGACGAUGUCCUCGACGAAUUCUCCGCUACGAAACUAGACGACAAGCCCGCUGCGCCCGCCCCCGCCAACCCCGCCCCCGCACCUGCAGCGCAGCAAUCCGCGGCCGCGCCCACGCUCUCAGCCGAACCCACCGAUGAUGACUUUGCCAAGCAGCUGCAAGCCGGUAUGGCUGCCUUGUUAGGCGACAUGGGCAAUUCGCCCGAGAUGCAGCAGCAGUUUGAGAGUCUGCUGAAAGAGCUGGAAAGCGAGGCGCCUAGCGCGGCAGCGGGGCAACAACAGGCUGGAGCCGAGAGCUCGGCGACGGGAGCGUCUGACGCUGGUGCUUCUAAAGGUAGUGGAACCAAGGCCGGCGAGGACUCGUUCCAGGAGCAGAUCCGCAAGACGAUGGAGCGCAUGGCGACCUCGGGACAGCAGGCGGACGAAGCCGCGGCGGCUAAGGGCGAUUCGGCUGACGACAUAUUGGCGUCUAUGUUGGCGGAGAUGGAGCGUGGAGGCUUUGGUGGUGAGGGUGUAGGCUCCGACGAGGACUUUAGCAAGAUGCUUAUGGGCAUGAUGGAGCACCUUACCAACAAGGAUAUCUUGUAUGAGCCCAUGAAGGAGCUCGAUGACAAGUUCCCUGCUUGGAUGGAGAAGAAUAGGGAGAAGGUUAAGAAGGAGGAUUUGAAGCGCUAUGAGGAGCAGAAGACGCUUGUUCGCGAGAUCACGGCGAGGUUUGAGGCGCCUGGGUAUUCGGAUGACAACCCCAAGGACAGGGAAUAUAUCGUGGAGAGGAUGCAAAAGAUGCAAGCUGCGGGUUCGCCGCCACCCGAUCUUGUCGGCGACAUGAGCGCUGCGCAGGAAGCGUUGGGCGAGAUGGAUUCGGGCUGCGCGCAGCAGUGA